CCGAGAUCAGGAGCAAUUGCAAUCUAAAAACUGACUUUUAAAGAUAUCAGACAAAUGCGGGAUUUGGCCUCUGGUUAGAUAACAAGGGCAUAGAAUAGAUCAUUAGAUUGCAAGCGUCGUAUGGAAAUGGCUAGGAAUUAAAGCGUCUUAUCCGUCGAUAUUUGCAUGCCUCUCUCAUUCCACGCUACAAUUAAUUUUCCUGCACUUUCUCGGUUCCCAAACAGGCCAAGCGAGAAGCGACGAACCCGAGGGAAAGAUGGAGGAGACGAAGCGUAUGAGCAAAAACCCAUCAAAAUCAUUCAUCAGCCUCAAAGAUAUACCCCCUCUGGAUCCAUCGUCCAUCCCCGAUAUCUCUUGCGCGUUUGUGGGGCAAAGCAGGGGUUGGAAGGGAAAAGCGACAUGAGGGAAAGGAAGAGGAAUGAAGUUGAAGAAGAUGAUGGCAACUCCUCUUUGUCCACUAUACAGAUGGAUCCUAACAGUACAAUAGGCAGAGACAUGGCUCAGGACAGAAAGCUUGUUCCAGAACCAGAGAAAGGUUUGGUGUGCAACACAAGUCACAGAAUCGAAGAUGAACCUAAGAGAGAAUCAGCCAAAUCACAAUUGCAUAACAUUUGUUCUGCAAGGCAUUGGAAACCACCGGAGUACGAGUGCUGCAGCGACGAGGGUCCAUGCCACAUGAGAAUGUUUACGUUUAAAGUUGUGAUCGAGAUCAAAGGGUACUCGGGUACAACUGUUUUGGAGUGUUUUGGGGACCCUCGGCCUAACAAGAAAACUGCGGCUGAGCAUGCAGCCGAAGGAGCGCUCUGGUAUCUUAAGCAAAUGGGUCCUUCACUUGGAUUAAGCUUUGUCUAGUGGCAUAGUGUGAGUUAGAUGAAGAUC